AUGACGGACCCACAAUUGCUACUCGAUUUUGACAGUAAUGUCACCUUUUCGGAUACGACCGACACCAACCUGAGCUCCCCAGCCAUCUCCAUUUCAUCUACGCCUAAUGGGCAUCCUACCACCGAAACCACAACCAGCAGUGGCCACCAGAACCGUCAAGGCUCAGGUCUCAAAGCUACUAAUCAAUUCAGCACCACAAUUGAUUCCGACCCAUACCAAUACUCGACUAUCUCUCGCUCUGAUGCACAGACUGCUGACGCCGCUAAUCCUUCCUCAGACACGCGACCUGGUCUUCUCCCUAAGGAUCUAGAGUACCCUACCGUGACUGUACGAGUACAGGAUACCGAGUCUCAACAGGCCCAACUUGGUUCCUCUACUGAUGCAGCCCACACCGCUAGCUAUAACCUAGUCACCCCAAGCUUUGGUUCCCAGCCGUGGAUCGCCCCCCCAGGACCAUUCCUCGCCUUUGCGCCUCAGCCAAUAUAUGAGCCCACCGGUGAGUUACUCCACGAAACCGUUCAAUCUUUCGACGAAUUUCACGACCGUUCGUUUCCAAGCCUCGUUGUCACUUCAACCGCUUCUCCGAGCAAGCCGGCGCCAAAUACAACCCAAGCGGCCGAGGCGGCCAGCAAUACCAAUGGUUCUUAUCCGGUGAUACCUUUUGCUCAGCCGUCGCUUCCUCGAUCUGCCCUGAAGCGGAAGGCAAGUUCAUCGGUGACUACCCCUACCGGCUAUUCCGCAGAGAGGAAAACCCGCCUGUCUGGCGUUGGUCCUGAUCCUGCCUUUGGACGGGACUCUCCUACUACACAUAAUCGUUCUGUUACCUUUGAGCGGAUGUCAGGCAUCGGUCCAACAUCGCCUGAUGAUGGAUCUACCUCCUCAGACUUCCUGGCCAGCUCCAGAUCAGCUUUGAAUGCAGGAAUCCCUGCUGGCAAUAGGAGAACACGCCAGUCAUCAGGCUCGACCCCACGACCACCCCUGGGCGUUCCGUCAACCUCGUCACAAGGUUCUCAGAGAAGGGUUGGAAACAGAACCUCAUCGGCUCAUCCUCCAUCGAUCUUACCACCAGAGAAGGUCUUUCCGAUUCAAAUAGGCUCCGAUCUUUUCAGGCUAUCAGGUGCUUCUAUCUCUUCUGAUGCUCCUUCCUACUUUACGCAGUUCUUUGAGGAGCAGAUUAGACAAAAUGAAGAAUCUGGAGGGGUAAGAACUCUAUACAUUGAUCGUGAUCCUGCGACAUUUAGAGAUGUCGCGCGACAUCUACAAGGCUACUAUGUAAAGCCAGUUGAUGGCAGCCAUUUCGUUAAGUUGUUCGCAGACGCGCAGUUUUAUAGUCUGCCACGAUUAAUCGAUCAAUUGUUCGAGUCCGAAAUUUUCAUCCAAAUUGGCGAGCGGCAUUUCCAGAUUCCCAAAGACAUCUUCUCCGAGCCAGGAAACUCACCCAACUUCUUUUCUCUUGGCUUCGCUGUCUUUUUCUCUACACCUGGCGAAGUAUUUCCUGGUUUAGAUCGACGCGGCCUACUGCGACCACCAUCAAUCACUCCUCCUUACGUACCUGGUCGAUCUGCAGACAUUUUCGCGCAACUUCUGCAUCUACUGCGAGGUUAUCCCCUAUCAAUUACCAGCGAGUCACAUCGUGCUGAGCUAUUACGAGAUUGUCGCUAUUUCCACCUUCGAGGUUUGGAGCAAAAAAUUAUUGCCCAUGAGAUCAGCUACAAUCUGGAGCGACAGAAACAAGAGAUUUGCCUCCGCCUCGAGGAUGUGAAGCCAUCAGGAGUCUCAUUCACGAGUAACCACGCAAUCGAAAGUGGUAAGCCGACGACCGGGGGCUGGGUCUAUUAUGCCAGGCCUUUUGUGGACGACACUUCCUACGAGAUGGUCGUGGAAGUUGGCAGUGAGUGUACGGUCCUAGAUUUGACCGACAUGAGAGCGGAUUUUCACAACCUAGCAAAGGCUAGAAUAUCUUCACUCUUCCAGGUGGUGGCUAACAAGAUGAACUUGCCCACAAACGCACCGCUUGGUCUGAUGAUGCUUUCUGGUGGUAGAUCUUCUCAAUCAGCAAGCCCGGGUCAAACUCCUCUGAGCGAAGAUCGGGUCAAAGUACGCUUUGAGGCUGCAAGUGAUAUUACUUUGGAUGGCAAGCCAUAUGAAAUCGAUUGGGACAGUACUUUGGGGAAAGUCUUCUCAGAAGGGCCCAGUGCGGUAGCAAGCGAUUCGGAAUCAGAUUCAGACGCAAUGAGCGAAGACACUGACCCCAAACCAGGGCCACCAGUAAUUUCUCAACAACGAAGACCACAGACACGACACACUCCAGGUGGGCCAUCAGGGCAGCCCUCCAUUGCAGGAAGAGGAACCCUUCCUGUUCCGCCCAUUCAAACGACUCGCAUUGCUCCAGCUGCGCCAUCGAAAAAGAAGCGCAAACGCCAGAACAGCCAUGGUCACCUUGGAGAGUGGAUAAUUCGUACAGGUCAGUGGCGAUUAUGUGUGCAACCCAACACUCAGGAUUCCAUAAGGGGAGGCUUUGAGAUUGUCUUCGUCGGUGUCAAAGUCGAUGCAUACUCGAGCGAAAGGGCACGGAACUCAAGAAGAGGAUUUCUCAAUUGA